AUGGAAUCAAAAAUCGAACGAAUGGAAUCAAAAAUUCAACAAAUAGUGAAAAAAUUACUUCAAUCUGAAGAAUGUUUACCAAUGUUGGAAAAGAUGAUCGUUGAUGAAGUUUUAAAUAUUGACAUAUUAGUCACUACAAUGUUCGAAGUAGUGGAUACACUGAACGAGCAAACAUUAACACGUUUAUCAACAUAUAUUGCUCAAUAUAUCACGACACACAAAUCAUUUUCUUCACUUGAAGAACAAUUAGUGAAUAUGAAUUUACAUCGACAACAAUUAAUGAAAAGAAUUUUACAUAAUAUUCAAGCACUUGGAUUUGAUAGAUAUCAUUCAAUCGAUUUAACUUUUGAUUAUCAUCAAGCAUCACAUCAAUUACUUCUUCGACGCUUUUAUUCAGAUGUUAUGACUCGUAUCAGCCAUUAUAUUCAAUCAUUAACAAUUAAUCUUGAUCAAAUAUGA